UGCUUACAGAACAGGAAAAUCCUGGAAGAGAGGAUCGACAGAAGAGCUAAGCAUUUACAGUGAUAAGAUCCCAAUGAAGAACAUAUAAGACUUUUAUUGAAAUUUAAUACAUAGGAGGAUUUUUCUUGCCCUAUCGACUGUGUUGUAAGAAUUUGUCCACAAAUUGUCUUUCGUGUCAGUUAAAUUAGAGAUAACAGACAUGGCAGAUACAUUCAGUCUUCAAAGGGUUUUGGAAACAUUCAGAUCAAGUCUGAGUGAGGAAAAGGAAGUUUACAUUAAAUAUUAUAUAGCAGGAUGGCAAGAGCUGGUCGCCUUCAUGAACAGUUUGGGGAGCGUGUUUUCCUUCAUCUCCAAGGAUGUGGUCAGCAAAAUCCAGAUCCUAGAAAACUUCCUUUCAGGAGAAAACAGAUCCCAUUAUGUCACCAUCCAAUCCAUGGUGAGGUAUGAGCUGGAAAAUGACCUGGUGGACCUCACCAAAAGAGGCAGCCACCCAGAAUCCGGCUGCCGCACUCUUCUGAGGCUCCAUCGGGCUCUGCGCUGGCUGGAGCUGUUCCUGGAGAGACUGAGAACCAGCAGCGAGGACAGCAAGACCUCCGUUAUGUGUUCUGACGCCUAUAACGAGUCUCUGGCUCAGCACCACCCCUGGCUCAUCCGGAAAGCUGUCGGCGUGGCGUUCUGUGCCCUGCCGGGCCGUGACACAUUCUUUGAUGUGAUGAAUGCGGGUGAUCAGACGCAGGUGGUUGCUCUGUUGGGAGAGUCUUUGCCUCUCAUCGCUGAAGUGUACCAGAUCACAGAAGACUUAUAUGUGAAGAACAACCUCCUGGAGUUACCUUAGAGGGAGAACUGAUAUAUAUUUUACUCUUUACACUAAUUAAUACACUACAUAGUCCUUGUGGCACAUACUCACUUAUUUACUACAAACAUCGACUUGAUUGAAUGUCUGCCUGUUUAAAAAGUGAAGGGACAUGCAAUAUGCAGAUUUAAUGCACAUUUUAAGCAUGGUUCUGCUCAUUUAAGCUAUCGACUACAAGUGAACAUUAAAUGCUGGAUGUAUUUUAAUAUAUUUGAGCUUAGGGAACAAUAUAAAGCCAUUCAAAAGCACAAGAUGAGCAUGAAAUGUAUUUAAAUUAGAAUUUAAAUUUGAAUUGCUGUAUGUUUGAAUAUAUUGGUCUUUUUUUCCUUGAGUGUUAAAUGUUUAUUGGAGAUCCUUUUACUUGAAUUCCUGUCGGAUGUGUGAUGUACAUCUGUAGCUUUGCUGAAACUACAAAGGGGGAAAUUUAGUUGUGAGUGUAUAAAUGAAUAAUAUGUAAUGCAAUAAUUAAAUAUAAUGUUCUGAGAAA